CGGUUCCCGCGCCCCGCCCCCGGGGCCCGUUUCCCGUCGCAGCCAAUGGGCUGGCGCGGCGGGCAGUUCGAACGGCGAGGGUGGGCGGGCACACUACCGGUUGGGCGCGCGGCGCGGGCCCGGGGUGCCGCAGCCAUGCCGCUCGCCUCGCCCCGCACCCUGGAGGCGCUGAAAUACGUCGAGCUCCAGCGCCUUGCCAAGGCUGUCGGCUUGAGGGCCAACCUCCGCGCAGAUAAACUGUUGGAAUCAUUGAAGCAACACUUCGAAGAAACAGAACAAGAAAAUAUGGAUCCUGAAAAGAGUGCAUCUGCUUCCAUCAAAUUGGAUGAACUGAGCAAUCAGAAAAUUGUGCCUGAUUCAGUGUGUUUUAUUACAAAAAGAUAUUGCAAAGAAAAGAAAAUAACCAGAAAAAAGAGGAACUUCGAUGAGGAAACUGAUACCAGUGAAGAAAACCCAGUGCUUUCUGAUGAGAAAGAGGUGCAUUCUGAAAUGAAAGAAAACGAAGUGCCUCAGGAUCAGCAUGAGAAGGGACAGAAGGUAUUCCAAAACAAGAAACAAGUAACCAAAAAGAGGGCUAUUGAGAAUGCAGGGAUGGGUACUGGUCAGAAGAAACAAGCCAAGAAGACUUCUACUAAAAUCAGGGGAGAGGAAUGUGAUGCUCAUCAUGCAGGAGGGAAGACCCCUUUAUCUGUAGGCCCUGCAUCUAGGUCUGCAAAAACAGGGAUGAAAGCUGCUACACCAAACUUUAAAAAGUUGCACGAGGCUCACUUCAAGAACUUGGAAUCUAUUGCUGACUACAUGGAGAGAAAAAAAAAAAGGCAUGAAAACUGUACCAGUUCGCUCAGCACAGUCAAGAAACGGACCAGUGGCAAAGCACUUUUAUUCAGCCCAAAUCCUGCAAGAGGUAGAUUCUCUACCACCUGCACUCCUGGUAACCUUCGGCGCUCACCACGCAAUUCCCUGAAUGCUGCAAAUCGGAGUAUUUUAUCCCAGAAAUCUUCAUUUAAUCCUUCUGUUCUUUCAACAUCCAAAAUGAAUGUCAGGUUCUCAGAAGCCACAAAAGAUAAUGAGCACAAACGCUCUCUUACCAAGACUCCAUCUCGAAUGUCUCCAUACAUGCAGGAGAUUUGCACACCUGACACUCAAAAGAACUGCAAACCAAUAAGUCAGAAAAACAGCAAGGGAAAUAAUGAUCUGGCUGCACCAAAGGUUAUCACUCCCUUCAAGUUUGGAGCUCAAUCUGCAGAACCCACAAGCACAAAAAAGACAUUUGAUCUCAAAGCAAGUCUCUCGAGGCCACUUCGGUAUCAGCCACAUAAAGGACGACUAAAACCGUGGGGAGAAUUUAAAGAAAACACUGUCCUCAAUAAGUCUGGUGGUAGCAAUAUCUCUUCACGUAAGAAAGAUUACAAACAGCCGCCUCUCCAGACAAGGGAAGAAAGGCGUGAGAAACAUGAGCAAGAGAGAAAAAAGAAAAAGGCUCAGGCUCUCGGAAACCGUAGAGGAGUAUCUGUGUGUUAGGAUGAAUAAGAAGUAUCUAAGAAAUCACUGUAAAUACUGGUCCUGUCAUGUAAAUAAUUGUGCUGUCUGUAUGGUUCAGGUUGCUAUCAGCUAGUGGAAUCCAGAGAGCAAUUCAUGAGACCUUGUAUCUGAGCAUAAUAUUUCUGUGAUCAACUUCUCCAGUGAGAUGAGAGUUCUAGACUUUCAGGAGCUUAGACCUCUCUCUUGUUGCUUCAUAGUGUUUCAACUAAUUUAAAUGAACAUGUUAAAGAAGAAAAUGUAAGUGAAAAAAAGAUGCUCAAGAAGCCUCCUUGCAGAACAGACUUCUGCACCAGCAUGCAUUUGUUGCCUGCUAGAAUGCAGGCUUUGGAUAGCAAGCAUCAAAAUGUUCCACUUGUAAAUUACAGGAAUUGGAGAUACCUAUUCUCCAGAUCAAUCCUUAAAUUCUCUAAAAGUUACAGCAAUUAUUCAGCAUUUCUAAUUGCAUGCUUAUGGCAUGGUAGAGAAUUUCAAAGAGAAGAAAAAUAUGCAAGCUCUCUGGAAAACUAAAAGCUUGCAGCAUAACGUAAUUAUAAGCUAUCUUAUUUUAAUAAAAGUCACAACUGAGAAUUUACAAAUUACCAACUGAAUGCUUUGAACAGUUAAGGUUGUUUUGUUCCUUUCUAUAGUAAAUAGCAAUGCUAACAAAAUUCUUUUGCUUUUCAUCCCUGUGAUGCUUAAAAGAGAUCGUAGUAGUGUUGAAGCACAUUCAGUACCUUAGAUUUAAAAGCAGUUGUUGUUUUUACUUAAAAAUUACAUAGAAAAGCUUUCUGGAUUUGUUAUGGAUAGAAUUGGAAGAGUAAUUUACCAGUUGUAAUCUCAGAUAUUGACCAAAUAAAUGUUUCACUGAAUUUAGUGUCCUAUCAAAUGUAUGUUGCAAUGUCAAGUACAAGCAAUUUUUUUAAUGAAGUUAAUGGGGAAGAAAAUAAUAUUUUGUAUAUAUCGUGUUUUCAAUGGUUAUAUCAUCUAGUGUACUAUCUAUAACUGCUUCCUUAGUGUAGCAGUAGUUUUGUUCACACUUGUAUUUCCUACUCCAUGUCUUUUAUUGUGUCAUGUUUUCCUUACCAACCACCCUGCCUACCACUUCAUGAAAGCAUGUUUGGUCUGGUAUCUUUAGAAAUAAUAACCCUCGCUCCUCUUUUGCACUUAAGCUGUUGAAUUCUGUGCAAAAGGAAAAUGAUAGUACAAGAUAUUGUUUCAGCUUGCUUUAUUGUGGUCACUCCCAUAUAAAACACAGGUACAUUUAAUAUUUGUAAAGUAUAUUUCAAAAAGGUCCUGGUGGAGAAGGUCAGUGCUUGGUUAGACUAAAUUUGUGACAGCUGAAACAAGACCAUUCAGCACUUAUUUUGUAAAGUGUUUCCUGAAUUACUGAAAAUUAGACUUCUCGGAAAAAGGGAGGUAUUGAGCUUCUGUGCCAGCAGCUGAGGCUGUGACUUCUUGCACCACAGGUGAGUUAGGCUAAUUGCACAUAUCAGAAGUGUGAGCUGCUCUGCCCUGUAAUGGUCCUACUCAAGCCAAGCUGUGACUCCUCAGGGAGCAGACAGGGCUGGGGAUUUCCUCCCAACCCUCCCUUAGAGCAUUACUUCUCUCCAACAACCUUAGCUCUGUAACGCUGUAGGAUUAUCCUCAUGAGCUCUAAAGGAAAACCCAAGCCUGCUGCAUAGCUACUGUUUCAAUCUUGGCAGCAGCAGAUUUUUCUUUUUUUAGCUAUCCAGAGGAGUCAAAGCUAAAGGUUGCAAUACUUCAGUCUUUUCCACUUCUUGGUGCUGCCGUUUGUAAAUUUCAGCAGCUGAGUCACACUUAAGCACCAGUCCUCAGGGGAUAAAUUCUCAUCAGACUUUUUUUUUGGUUUAAAACUAGCAGGUUCAAGUGUUUUACAACUGUCAACAAACCAUGUAAUGUAUAAAAUGAAAGUGGUGUACAAAAAAAUAACUGCAACAAACGCAUGAAAUACUUUUUAUUUUAGUAAGGGUCAGGACGGAAGCUAAAACUUACCCAGGGAAGAGUUACUACUUCGCAAGAACACAUCACAACUCCCCUCAGGCUAUGUGCAGUAAAUGUCUGUACAGUCUUUCCAGGAUUCUGUAUUUGGAAGCUUCAAGAUGCCAGUGGUGUCACACUUCAGGCACUUAUCUCUUUAAAGUUUACAGAGGAUCUUCAAGUUGUUAUAAGCCACAUGUUAAGAAGUAUUUUAUAAAAAUGAACCAAAUAUCUGAAGAAUGUCCCAAAGGAGACCAGCCCACCUUAGACCGGAGUAUUCUUGUCAUACAUUUCAUAGGCAAAUUCUUCUGUAUGAGCUCUGUCAUUUAACAAGCCAAUAAAAUCUAUUUCCAGCUGGAA